CUGCACUACGGGACCCUCCUGGGCAGCAGAGCUUGUGCCCACAUGGCAGCAGCUGCCUGGGCCAGUGCCUUUCUCACUGCUCUCAUGCACACAGCCAAUACAUUUUCCCUGCCCCUGUGCCAUGGCAAUGUCCUGGGCCAGUUCUUCUGUGAAAUCCCACAGAUCCUCAUGCUCUCCUGCUCCAAUUCUUACCUCAGGGAACUUGGACUUCUUGUGUUUUCCAUAUGUUUAGCACUUGGUUGUUUUGUGUUCAUUGUUUUCUCCUAUGUGCAGAUCUUCAGAGCCGUACUGAGGAUCCCCUCUGAGCAGGGACGGCACAAAGCCUUUUCCACCUGCCUCCCUCACCUGGCCGUGGUCUCUCUGUUUAUCAGCACUGCUCUAUUUUCUGACCUGAAGCCCCCCUCCAUCUCCUCCCCAUCCCUGGAUCUGGCCCUGUCAGUUCUAUACUCGGUGGUGCCUCCAGCUCUGAAUCCCCUCAUCUACAGCCUGAGGAACCAGGAGCUCAAGGCUGCAGUGUGGAGACUGACGACUGGAUGCUUUCAGGGACAUUAAACUGCUGGCCAAUUUCAUCAAAUCAAUUGUAAUAAAAGUAAUUUUUAAUACUU